AUGAGCACGCAAAAGGUGGCAGAUGAGGCUCUUGGCAAAGCCGUUCGAUGGCACAUCUUCAACUAUCGAAAAGCUCUCAUUGUCGUGGCUGUCGGUAUUGUGUCUGUGAUUGCUGGUACUACUUAUCUUAUUAUACGAAACACACAAAAACGCAAGAAAGAAAAAGAGGACAAACCAGGUACACUCACCUACACAGUCAGUAAAGUUAUAGUGCACCCGUCGAAAAGCAAAACCUCGUGGACAAAUCGCAGUGAAUCGGACACAUCAAUAGAGGCAAAAACUAGCAAGGAGCUGGAGUCAGGUCAAAUUAUCACCCCAAAAACAAGGACGAAAAGAACAAAAUCCAUGGAUUGGGAACUUCCUUUUUCGUGGAAGGACGGAGCUUUCUCGAAAUUUGCUCCUGGAAAGAGGAAACAGUCGCCAACGCAUCAGCUUGCGAAAGAACAAGAUGAGACGAAGGCGCUGUCGGCUCUCCCAACGGUGAACGACGGAAAAGCCAAGAAUACCGGAAACGACAUCAUAACCAAGUCAAAUAGGCAAAACGUGGAAGUACCUGAAGAAAAGGAAAAUGCUGAAAUCAGCGUCUCCAUGAAAUCAACGAAGAGUGGGCAGUCGAAAACCAAUGCAAAACACCAAUGA